AUGUCCUCUCCUGGAGAGUAAGUUCUCAUCUUCCUCUCGCUCUCUCUACCAGUGGCAGUGCUUCCAGCGUCUCCUUGUGUAGUUCCCCUCGAUUAUCGGCGGUAUUUUUCUGGUGGUAAUCGCUGCUGCAGAUUGAUCGAUAGAAAGGGCUUGCUGGAUCAUUCUUCGAGAGAAAUAUUUUAUGUGUACAUGUCUUUUUUUGUUGAUGCAUAAUGUUAUGUUCGUCCUCAGGUGGUGUGGCGUCUUUGUUCUGAUUUAUUUAUAAUGAAUAAUCUGCGAAUUCGUGAAGAAUCUUAGAGAAUCAUCUUUGCUCGUGGAAGGAUUUCGUGAGAAAAAUAACCCUAGGUGAAGAAAAUUUCAUCUAAUUCCUGAUCUGGUAGCUAUGUUCCGUCUUCUCGACUUGACCGAUGGCUAAAGCCAGGAACGUUACCUUCUCGCGUAUCUUGGGCAACUGGACUGUUCGUCCACGUUUUUUAUGCCGGCACAUGAUUCAUCUCGUAAUGAUGAUGAUUGUUGACGGUAUAGACGGCAAAGCUCGAUCUCCAUUUCCUUCGGUGGAUAUUGACAAAACAGCCAAAAACCCCUUUCGCAGGCCAUUAAUUGUCCUUAUCCGCAAUGGCAUGAUUUUAUUUUCCCUGGCAUCCUAGUAGUUUACUUGAAUGUGUGAAGUGUUUUAUGAUGAACCUUCCUUCUUGUCUCCCCAUUCAAUAACCUCCCAUCAUCAUGACAAAGGGAAAUAUGAUGAUAUUCUUCAAGAACGAGAACCUAUGCCCCUGGUCUGAUCUCGGGAAAUUGGUUGUGUUCUCCUUUUCUCAGAAAAAGAAAGAAUGGUUGUUCUAGCCUCUAUAUUAACCUCAUGUUGCAUUGGUAAAUGUCAUCUUGACAAAGAGAGGAAAAGUUCAUGCGAAAUAUGCAGCAAAGCAGAAAAAAUCUUCUUGAUUCCCAAAAGCUCCUUUGUCUGCCCCAAAUUCCAUCAAGGAUUAGAAACGUAAAAACUGAUGCUGCUUUUUUCGAUCCCAAGAAACGAUUCAAUCGUGACCAAAUGUUCAGCUUGUAAUCUUUGUGGAGAUUUAAUGAGCUUCAGAUUUUCCCAGUUUAUAAUUUUCCCUCUCUCCGUCCCUUCCUCUCUCUCACUCACUCUACCUCUCCCUCCCUCUCAUUCUCUCCAUUUCUCUCCCUCCAUGUGAAAUUCGUCUGAUUUUUUUCCUUCUGUUAUUAGACAGAUUCCCUUCUUCUUCUCAACUAUCAUCACUUUCCGUUAGAUCUGCAAGAAAAUUAAUGACUCAUAGCUUUACGCCUUUUCUUCUGAUGCUUUCAGGUGGUACAACUCUCUUCCACCGAUAACGAAGGGAUAUGGGACUCUAUGCCUACUGACCACUGUGAUCUGUAAGCUCGGAGUGGUUCAGCCUGUGCACAUCGCACUGUUUUACGAGAGAGUGUUUCCGCGCUUGGAGGUGCAGUAAUUUCCCAUCUCAUCUCUCUACCGUCGUCUAUUCACUGUCUGAGUUGCCCAUCGCACAUAGCCCCAACGGAAUACAAUCCACGCCGCCACCACCCCAUCCUGUCUCAUGUGAUGUUCUAAGCAAGCACACAUCCCCGAUUGCCUAAUUUGUACAGUGCCAUCCAUCUUUUUCUGACAUCCUCUGGUUCUCUCCAGGUAUGGAGGUUGAUCACAAACUUCUUCUUUCUCGGCCCAUUUUCGUUCAACUUUGGAAUCCGUCUACUGAUGAUGUAAGACACCCAUCGCCUGCUCUUCCUCUCAUGCAUGAAAGGACAAACACGAGCUCUCCCCUUAUGGGUCCCCCUCACUCGCAGAGCAAGGUACGGGGUAAACCUGGAGAAGGGCCCGUUUGACCGCAGGACGGCCGAUUUCCUCUGGAUGUUGAUUUUUGGAGCAUUAUCUCUCUUGGUAUAUACCCACUCUGUUCACCCCAGACUUCGACUCUUCCAUCUCUUUCCUACCUGACGCGUCCUUUUCUUCCCAGGCUUUCUCCUUGAUCCCUCCACUGUGGACCCCGUUCCUGGGGAUUUCCUUGGUCUUCAUGCUUCUCUACGUCUGGAGCAGGGAGUUCCCGGAUUUGCAGGUCAACCUGUACGGCCUUGUGGCCCUGAAGGUAAUUCAUGGGCUCUGUAGGUGUCUGGUUUGCGAGAGACGCUCUCUCUCUGUGCUAACAUGUGAUGGGGGCUGGCGUUCGUAGGCAUUCUACCUGCCGUGGGCGAUGCUGGCUUUGGAUGUGAUCUUCGGCUCCCCCCUUCUGCCCGACCUCCUGGGCAUCGUAGCCGGUCAUCUCUACUACUUUCUGACCGUCCUUCGCCCUCUGUCCACCGGGCAGAACCUCCUCAAGACGCCUCUCUGGCUGUAUCCUUUCCCGUUGACUUUUCUUCUUGAUGGCCCAUCUUCUUGUGCGCUUCUGUUGCGCGGGAUCGUCUCUUUGAGUUCCUUGACCAGGUACUUCCGCAGACAUCGGUUGGUGGCGAGGUGGGGCCUUGGCGCCCAGGUGUACCCUGGGACUCGUAGAGCGAGUGUUGCGGAGGGUGCCGCUUCAGCGGGGAGGGCCUUCUCUGGGAGGAGCUACAGGCUCAACAGAUGA